CCACGCGAGACUUGUGUGUCGUCGCAGGAACGAAACAUGUCGACAUCCAAGAGAAAACGUGGAGGACAGGGGUCCGUCGAUAAAAAAGCAAAGAAGGUGAAAUUUGUUGCAGACGGAGGUGAAGCACCGAGUGAAACCGAACAGGAGAAGAAUAAUGAAAUCACAGUCCCGGCACCAGUCUCGUCGGGCAAAUGGACCAACAAGGAAAGAGUUCUCAUUUUCUCCUCAAGAGGCAUCAACUUCAGAACAAGGCACUUGAUGCAAGACCUGAGGACCAUGAUGCCUCAUUCAAAAGCAGAUACAAAAAUGGACAGAAAGGACAAGUUGUUUGUAAUUAAUGAGGUGUGUGAAAUCAAAAACUGCAACAAGUGCCUCUUUUUUGAGGCCAAGAAGAAGCAGGAUCUCUAUAUGUGGAUUUCAAACAGCCCUCAUGGACCUUCUGCAAAGUUUCUAGUUCAGAACAUUCACACACUGGCGGAACUUAAAAUGACAGGAAACUGCCUCAAAGGAUCCAGGCCGCUGCUGUCGUUUGAUCCGAAAUUUGACAAGGAGCCACAGUAUGCUUUACUGAAAGAGCUCUUCAUCCAGACAUUUUCCACUCCACGCUAUCACCCUAAGAGUCAGCCUUUUGUGGACCAUGUCUUCACAUUCACCAUUGUAGACAACAGGAUAUGGUUUAGAAACUACCAGAUCAUUGAGGAGGAUGCCUCUCUAGUGGAGAUCGGGCCUCGCUUUGUUCUCAACCUCAUCAAGAUCUUUCAGGGGAGCUUUGGAGGGCCUACGCUCUUUGAAAACCCAGAUUUCCGGUCUCCUAACCUGCACCGGCGGGAGAUCCGACUCGCAGCCGCAGCCAGAGUGCGCGAGAAGCAGAUGGUGAAGGAGAUGCAGAAAAUGAAGAGGAGCGAAGCGAAGCAGGGUUUGGCCGAAGACGUCACAGCCGACGUUUUCCUCACACCGGCCGAAGAGAAGCCCGUUCACAUCGAAACAGAAGCGCCCGAGCCGAAAGUGCCAAAGAAAAACAAACACAAAGCUUUCAAAAGGCAAAGGAUGCAGAUGACACGCAGGUAGCCAGGUGGACUGGAUGAAGCUGAGUGAAUGACUUACCACUGCCAUGAUUCAGUACGUCUCAAGAAAAUGUGUACUGCAACAGUGCAGUCAGGUCUGAAACCCAGUAUUAUGAGCUCAUUAGUAUCGCAUAUUCGAUAGUUCGAUAAUUAUGCACAUGUGUUCAGUGUUUGUUGCCAUAGUCUUUGGAUUUUUCUGCUCUGUCAUCACAAGGACUAUGCAGAUUCGCCAGCCUUAAAAGUCUCAACUCUCAACCCAUCAUUUUUGAUAAAAGGACAUUUUACAUUAGUGUAAAAAAACAAAAAAAAAACUUGUUUAUUGAGUUCGAUUGACAAGUUGUUUUCUAUGUCAUGGAAAUAAAACAAUUCAAACAUA